AUGCAGACCACACGGGCUAGCGAGAGGCCGCAGAAGGGAAUGUCAUUCCUGGCAGAAGAACAUGCGCAGGAGAGACCGAUCGCGAGAUGGGAGCUUGAUAUUGAUGGCGGAUUGAGGCCGGAGGAAGUGUUCGCUGAGGUCGAGUCGCGGAGCACUGCGUUGAGGGGGUUUCGAGCGGGAGGACAAAGGCGCCGAGAGUCGCGCCGCAACCUGCGGGCAGGUAGGGAGGAAGGUGAGAUGAAAUCCAGUAGCCAGGAAUCGAUUCCUGCCAACUGGAUCAAAAGUAAGAAGUAUGCGAAUGGAUAA